AUGCCUCCUUUCCAAACGAUUCGGUUCUAUGAGGGAGGUGAAAAGGUCGGAGUGACGUUCAUCGCUCUCGCCGGCCUCACCUCUCUACUCUCUAUCAUAUACCUCAUAAUCUUCAAACGACCCAACCCAACGACCUUCAAGAACACGAACAUGCUCGGAUAUUUGAUCUCACUCCUGAUCGCCAACCUCUUCCAAAGCGUCGGCAGUGUUAUGAAUCUCGAAUGGGUGGCGAAGGGUCGUAUUGAAGUAGGCAAUGUUUGUAGUGCUCAAGGAGGCAUCAAACAUGCUGGCAACCUCGGAGCGUCGAUUUGGACGGUUGUCAUCGCCAUCCACCUCUUCGGCCUCCUCUUCCUUCGCAUUCGUGCGGACACAGCGCUGUUCCUGGCCCUCAUCUGUCUCGCGUGGACCCUGAUCGUCGUUCUCGUAUGGAUUGGGCCCAUCGCUAUCGAGAAAACUGAUAAUGGCCCUUACUAUGGCAUAUCUGGCGUCUGGUGUUGGAUAACUUCGAACUAUCCGAAAGAGCAAAUAUUCUUGGAAUAUUUCUUCGCGUUCUUGUCGGCCUCGAUCUGCUUCGUCUUAUAUGUGGUCGUGCUGCUGCGCCUACGCGGGAUACUCGUCAAGAACGGUGAUAAUAAGUGGCGCAUACGAGUCACUCGGCCAAGAGGUGUUGAUACGCUAGUCGAUACUGGGAGGAAUAGGAUCGAUAGUGCGACGUUGAUGAUCUCCAAACGGAUGGUCUGGUAUCCUGUUGCGUACACGAUACUCGUGUUGCCCAUCAUGCUCAUUCGACUCUCUGACUUUGAUGGGCGCAAAGUCCCAUUCUGGGCAAUGACAUUCGGCUCCGUGAUUUUCAACCUCAUGGGUUUCGUCAACGUGAUGCUCAUCAUCCACCUCGAACGCUGGUUUCCCACCGUCUCCACGCUGCCGACCACCAGCACGCGGCAGGAGCUUCCCCGAAAUUCGUUCUCGAAAUCGGAGGGUCUCGCGCCCCUCGCAUCGCUCACGCUCAGGCACCUCGACGAGCAGGAGAAGGGUGUCAAUAACAAUAUCGGGAAUAAGGGUAGCAGCACUAGGAAGAAGGAUUCCACGCUAUGGGUCCGCGUUGAGCUGCCCGUACGCCCACAGAACAGCUAUAUACCCCCGGAGGAGUGGCAGUCGACAGGAAGGUUUGGGAUGUUGUAUUGA